AUGUCUGAUAGACAAAAGGGAUUAAAAGAAGCUGUGAAGGAUAUAUUUCCUUCAGCUGCUCACAGGUUUUGCUGUAGACACUUAUACAGUAAUUUCAAGAAGGAGUUUCCUGGGUUGACAUUAAAGAAGGACUUCUGGAAUGCAGCCAAAGCUACUCAUGGAUAUGAGUUUUGGCUACAUAUGAGAAAUAUGAAAUCUAAGAAGGAGAAGAAGCCUCAUGAUUGGUUGCUGAAGAUACCACUUUCACAUUGGUCAAGACAUGCAUUUUGGACAACAACAAAGUGUGACAACUACACCAACAAUUUCACUGAAUCAUUUAACAGCUGGAUUGGAAAUCUGAGGGGUUUGCCAAUCAUUCAAAUCAUUGAGAAGGUAAGGCAAAAAUGUAUGCUUAGAUUCCAUGAAAGGUAUGAGAAGGCUGCAACUUGGCAAGGUAAGGUGACCCCAAGAAUUCAGAAGACUUUGAGGCAAAUUAUAAACCAGAGUAGAUGUGUGAAGUUAAUUCCGGGAAGAAAUGAUGAAUUUGAAUGUCAUGAAGGUCCUUGUAGGUUUGCAGUUUCACUUGAAAGGAGAACUUGUUCAUGUGGUUGGUGGGACAUUUCAGGCUUGCCAUGCAAGCAUGCUGUUAGAGCAAUAGGAUACAAGAGAGCUGAGAUUGAAGACUUUUGUGAUGAAUAUUUCACCAUUUCUACAUACAAGAAGGUAUAUCAACAUGCAAUACAUCCCAUACCACACAGGGAUUUGCAACCAGAUGAGGAUCACCCACCAAUGCAGCCUCCUCCUUUGAAAAGACAACCAGGCAGACCAAAAAAGGCAAGGAGGAGAGAGGAUGGUGAGGCAGGUCCAGCUCCAAAGAGAACAAGGAAUGCCACAGUGUCCACCAGUAGUCAGAGGGGAAAUCAUUUUGAAAUGGAGCAGACUGGACAUGAGACAGUGGAUAUUAAUUCUACUCAACCAAUGGACCUUCAUAGCCAAGCAUCAGCAAAUUAA